AUGGUAAGAUUAAGCAUAAAGUAUGGCGAUGCAAAUCAGUUUUUGUAUGAGACAAAUACAAACAUGGCUAUCGAUGAUCUUCUGCGCGAAAUAGCUCUGAUUUAUAAUGGUCGUCUAAAAGUACAUAGAAUAUGCAGUGAGAUACAACUUCUUGCAAAACAUGGCAUUACACUUCCAAUCAAUAUGCAAGGCUUGACGGAAGAACAAAUAACAGAAUUGAAACUUAAAGAUGAAUAUGAAGAUGUUUGUAUACCAAUGGACGGUUAUAUCGAAGAAGAAGAUGUAACGGGAAGAAGAAAUGGGCGUUCUCCAACCGAAAAGAUGAAAGAAAUUUUGAAUAAAACCGUUCAAGAUGCAAAAGAUAAAAUAUCAAAGAAAUUAGUUGAUGCCAAUAAGUGUGUGACACGAGAUGAUAUUAAUGAAGCUAUUCAACAAUUGAAAGGAGCUGUUAUGAUUGUUUAUCCAAUGGGUUUACCACCUUACGAUCCCAUUGAAUUAGAAUUUAAAAACGAAGAAGAACUUGAUGGAACACAAGACAGUUUAGAUGUUAUAAAAGAAGAAGAAGCAAGUUUAUGGUUUAGUGGAAAAGAAAUGCACCGUGGUAAAAAAUUGUGCGAUUAUGUUGGAACAAAUGAAAAAACAAAAGUUUUAGUUAAAAUUCAAAAGAAAGGUGGAGGUGCCCCUGCAAGAGAACCCGUUGUUAGUGAAGAAGAACAAAAACAGAUGAUGGCUUAUUAUUAUAGAAAACAACAAGAAAUGAAGAAAUUAGAAGAAAAUGAAGAUAAUGCAUAUCUAGAUUCAGAUUGGGCGGACAAAAAUUCAUUGAAAAGACAAUUUCAAGGUUUAAAUGAUAUCAAAUUCAAACCAAGAUGA